AUGGGGUCCCGCAUUAUCUUGAAAACCUUUGUCGACAAGAAAUUCCCGUGUUCCGUCGGCAAGGUGGCGCUGGAGUCUGCUGGUAGCCUCCGACAAGAGAAGAACAGAUUUGUUAGUGAAUUGAUUAAAGAAUCAAAAGAGGUUUGGCAGUCCAACUUAAAACGCAAGCACGAUGAUGAUUAUAUCGGCAACUUCAACACGGAGCAAUUCGAGAAGUGGUUCGCGAAUAUGAGUGCUAUCUUGGCGUCCAAGUAUGAGCCAUGA